UUCACGUUCGUAGUGUUCGGGCUGUCACUUGUUGAUGUAUUUCACAACUGCGAAAUAUCAAAAUGUUUUCAAACAGAACAGUCGCAAUUCUGGUGUAGCAUUUUUUCAUUGAACUUUGUUUGGGUCGGCAGCAAGUGAAAAUAUCCCGAAUUUCUGUACAACACACCGCAAAAUGGAGCCAAAUGUUUUGUCGGCGAAGAUCAUGUUCACAGAUGUUGUGAAGCGAAUGGAAAAAAUGUCCAACUCAAACGACAUGGCUUUUAAAAAAAUUAAACUCAGAAAUUUCUUCGACGCCAUGUUUGAGAUGCAACAGAAAUUUCGCGCUGAAAACGGACCACAAGCGAAUGCCAGCUUUUAUCCAUUUUUGCGAAUUUUUCUGCCCGAAUAUGAUGAAACGGAACGUGGUCCAUAUGGCAUUCAAACCAAAAAGUUGGGUCAACUGUUUGUCAAAGCGCUAGCGAUAAAUGCCAAAAGUGACACCGCAAAGAAAUUGACAAAUCUACAAGGAAGGGAUACCGACUAUGGUGACAUUGUGUUUGAAGUCAUGAAAAGUCGUUCACCUGAAAACGGUACACUCACCGUUUACGAAGUGAAUGAGUAUUUGGAUUUGAUUGCUGACCAUUUCGAACAAAAUGAACAACGCAAAAUCGAUAAUGAAAUAGCUCGCAUGCUGUUGAAAAUGUCGGCUCUGGACCGAAAAUGGCUGACUCGAAUCCUGUUGAAAAAGUUGAAGCUGGGCUUGGGUAAGCAGUACAUCUUGCAAACGUAUCAUCAACAUGCACCGGAAUUAUUCAAUAAAUCUUCUCACUUGUCACGUGUUUGUGAGCUCCUUGAAUCAAAUUUGCCGAUAGAUGCAAUCCGAAAAAGAAUCAUUGAGUUGUUCAAGCCGAUUCGAUCAAUGUUGUGCGAACGCGGGUACAUCUCAAAUAUCAAUGGGAUGCUCAGUAAACAUGCCUACUAUUUGGAAACAAAGAUGGAUGGUGAACGAUAUCAGCUUCAUGUGAAUGGCACUGAAUUCAAAUACUUUUCACGCAAUUGCAAAGAGGAGAUGACACAAAUUUUCGGUGCAAACAGUACAACGGGUUUGUACUCUCCAUAUCUGUACCAUCAAUUGAAUGGCAAGGUGCGAAAUGCCAUCUUCGAUGGAGAAAUGAUGGUGUGGGACCGUGAAGCUGAGACUUUUUUGAAAAAAGCUGAGAACUUCACUGCCAAACACCUGACAAAAAAUGAUACAAAGUUGAUUCCCUGUUACUGUAUUUACGAUCUGAUUUAUGUGGAUGGCGAGUGUCUCAUCGAUAAGCCGUAUGCCGAACGCAUUCGAAAGUUGAAGACCAUUAUCACAGAACAAAAAGGUUCAUUGAUGCUAUGCGAACGCAUCAAGCUGCGUGAUGGUGCCCACUUCCUCGAACUCUUUAACAAAGCAUUCGAUUCAAACGAAGAAGGAGUUGUCAUCAAACAAGAAGAUUCCAAGUAUCGACCGGGGCAACGUGAAAAAGGUGGAUGGUUCAAAAUGAAGCCAGAUUACGAAAACAACUUGAUCAGUGACUUUGAUUUGCUAAUAAUCGGUGGUUAUUACAACGAAAAAAGAACAGCGGUCGACAGUUUUUUGCUGGCUGUUUUCAAGAAAACCUCUAUCGAAAGUGAUGCUGGUGUGUUCUACUCCGUGUGCAAAAUUCGAAAUGGUUUGAAGCGGUCACAAUUUGCCGAAAUUUUGGAUAAACUUCAGCCAUACCGUCAUGAGAUCGGAGGUCGUUGGCAAAAGCUUCCAGAUAACAUCGAAUGGGCGAAUGCAAAUCCAGAUUUUUGGUUUGAUCCAAAGAAAUCAAUUGUUUUGAAGAUUAAGGCGAGCGAAUUGACGCAAACAACAACAUACCGGACAAGCCAUUCUUUCCGAUUUCCACGUGUGAUGGAAAUUCGGUAUGACAAAAUGUGGUACGAUACCUGCACUUUGAAUGAAUUCCAAACUUUUUGCGCAUCCAAUUCAAAGGUGGAAAAAUUAACCAAACGACACGCGACAGCUAAUGAUUUGACGUCCGGUGCCACAGUUCCAAAGCGACAACGCGGAGCUGUUUCAAAGACUCUGCCACCUGUUACAUCCGCCUCAAAUGAAAUGACAGUUGACAACGUUUGCCAAGGGCGUGAAUUCCACAUUUUGGGCGGUGAUAAACAAUUGGAAGCUAUAGUCAAGCGACACGGCGGAAAAGUGGUUGGCUAUCCAAAUUUAAGAACAUUUGUCAUCAUUGCCCCGAAUCCGAAAUCAAUCAAUGCUGGAAAGUUCAUCGAAAAGAAGCAGUACAACAUCGCCACGAAAGAAUGGUUAAUUGAAGCGCUUGGCAGUGACCAGCCUUUGACUGAAUUGAAAAAGUUUACUGCAGCUGACAUGGUCUUCGCAACGGAAGAACUUAAAGAGCAAUUCGACGCCGAAUUAGAUGAGAAUGACGAUUUUGAAACGCCACCGAUUAAUUUUGAAAAUCUGAGUGUGUCUGUCGAGCAAAUGGAUACCAAUGAUCAGUCAAACUUCGAGGACAAUGAGCCGAACGAAGAUGAAAUUGAUAUAUUCGGUCAUGUUCCGCAUAUGCCAAACGACGUCAUUGUCGAUCAACCAGAAGCUGGUGAAAAGGUUGCUGUGCCGAUGGAUGAAGCACCAUCGAAUGAUCAACCAAUUGACCAAGCAGUUGUUGAACCGAUCGUUUUGAUCGACGAGCCUCAAGAAAUGGAGCAAGAUGCUGCCCUAAUUUUCGAUUCAGUAUACGAAUAUGAUACACAACUCAUUGAACCUGUGAUCAACGAAGAAUCGGUUGCUGUUGCAAACAAAGUAGAAGCGAUGGACGAUGUCGACCCCACACAAAUGUUCAGCCCUUUCGUCGGAUAUUUUUAUCACGACGAAUCUAUUGCGAAGAACAUCGACAUCACGUUUGCAGAAUGCGCGUUCAUCGGCGGUGGCGGUGUCUGUAUGGAUACACCGGAUGACAUUCGAGAGUCAUCAUCGCGAUUGACGCACAUUUUUGUUGAUACCGACAGCUUGGAUCACGCCAAGCUAAAGGGAACCGUCAAGUCAUUUGGUACGGAAAAUAUCGACGACAUCGUGUUUUUGCGCUAUCAAUGGGUAUCAGACUGUGACGCUCAGAAGAAACGCAUUUGUGAUACGAGCUACAAAGUUGAAUUGUAGACUCAAGAUAGGCCCAUGCCUAUAGCUAUUAAGUGCAAUUUAACGUAAACAUUUAUUUUUCUAAACCAAAGAAAAGAGAGAGAGAACGAAACGGUACUUUCGCAACAGAAGCCUAGACAUAAGAAAUCAAUCAUCUCGUGAAUAAUAUUGUACAUACAUUUAACAAUUUGCUAUUGCAAUUCAUCUGUCAAAGUAAUUACAUACAUUUCAACUUGUUUAAAAUUAGCCGAUAAAUUAAAUGUUUCUAAUGGAAAAAGAGACGAGAAGAGAAGCAAAAAAAAAAGAUGCGGUUCAAGUAAAUAGCUCAGAUAUUCAAUGUGUCGAAUAUGUUUUGAGAAUGAUGGAUUUGAGCGGAUUACCAUAUGGAAUAUUUCAGAAAAAGAAGUGAAAAGCGAGAAAACGCACACACUUUUUUUUGUUAAACAUACAUAAAUUAUUACUAAUGGAAUGCUGUACGUCGACAAAUUUGAUGGUUAACACAUCGAACCCGACAUUCGAACCAAAAAAAAAUAACACCAAUCGAAUAUUUUCCGUCAAAUGUAAUCAAUUAUUUCGAAAUGUAGUUGAUGCAAAUUGAAGAAGAAGAAGAAGAAUUUUUUUCUGUUCAUUAUAUGAUACAAAUUUAUGUUAGCCACAAGUUAUUUUUCCUAUUGGAAUGUAAUUCCUUUGAGAGAAAAAAAUGUAUUCGCUGCAGCGAUUGAAAAGCAAUAAUAUUUACAUAGUUAACAUACAACUAAAUCCAAUGUAACACCAAAAACACUUCUGAAUAAAAGCCAAAUGACCGUUUAUUCAAAUACUAAA